CAGGCGGGCUCUCCGCAGCCGAGCAGGGUCCGCGCGCCAGGAGGGAGCCCGGUCCUCGGAGAAGGGGCCGCUGCGGUGCUCCGUCCUGUCCGCGGACACUCGCGGCCCGGGUCCCUCGCGGGGGCUUCCCUCCCCCAGUCCCGCCACCCCCCCACGCCGGGGGCGCCUCCACCUUUCUCCACCCGCACCGCCUCGCCCACUCGGUCACCGCACCCGGGCCUGGCUGGAGGCCGGCGGGCGGGAGCGGGGUGUCCCGGCGAAGACCCGCACGGGAGGAGGAAGGACCAGGGCGCCUGAUGCGGAGCCCGCGCGGGGAGCAGCCGAGUGCACGGCCUCCCGCGGCCUAGAGCGUCACCGGAAGUGCCGCGCCGCCGCCCUGGGGACGAGCGCUUCCGGCGAACGGCGAGGCUGCAGGCAGGUGUCCCCACUCCUGGUGCUUCUGCAAGGCACAGCAAGGAGAGCCUGCAGGCCUGGGUCUCCAGAACACCAUGGACAGGGCUACCCUGGUGGACACACAUGCAGCUUCCCUGGCACCGGCAUCAGGUGACAGCCAGGCUUCUGGCUGUGCCGCUUCAGUGGCUGAGCGUGGGGCGCAGAGCGCAGAGCCGACCGUAAGGCAGGAGGCUUUGGAGGAAGAAGGGACAUGGCAUGGAGAGAGCACGCAGGGGCCUCCCUGGACACAUGAGCCCCCGGACUGCUGUGGGAACAAGGGGGCCAGAGACAGCCCCAGAGGUUCCCCUAGGGUUCCAGAGGUUUCUGAGACACCCGGAGGGGAUACUGGCCAUGAGAGCAGUGCGCCGCCGGGGUCAGAGGCCACCCUGAGAGCUCUGCCGGCCACGGGCGGAAGAGGCCCCGGGAGGGGGCGGCCUUACCAGUGCAGCACCUGUGACCGUAGCUUCAAAUGCUAUUCGGAUGCGGCGAAGCAUCAGAGCAUUCACUCCGGGGAGAAGCCAUACUCGUGCAGCGACUGCGGGAAGGCCUUCAUCCACAGCUCACACGUGGUCCGCCACCAGCGCACGCACCACGGUGAGAAGCCCUACGUGUGCAAGGAGUGCGGGCGGGCCUUCAGCCAGAGCUUCAACCUGGUGCGGCACCAGCGGACUCACACAGGUGAGAAGCCGUAUGGCUGUGCUGAGUGCGGCAAGGCCUUCGGGCAGCGCUCGGACGCCGCCAAGCACCAGAGGACGCACACGGGCGAGCGGCCGUACGCCUGCAGUGAGUGCGGCAAGGCCUUCCUGCACAGCUCCAACGUGGUGCGUCACCAGCGCACACACCGCGGCGACAGCCCCUACGAAUGUCAGGAGUGCGGCCAGGCCUUCAGCCAGAGCUCCAACCUCCUGCAGCACCGGCGAGUGCACACGGGCGAGAAGCCAUACACCUGCCCCGAGUGCGGCCGCGCCUUCAGCCGCAGCUCCUUCCUCAGCGAGCACAGGCGCAUCCACACGGGCGAGAAGCCCUACGCGUGCGGUGAGUGCGGUCGCGCGUUCCGGGCCCUGUCCGGCUUCUUCCGGCACCGGCGCGUCCACACAGGCGAGAAGCCCUUCCAGUGCACCCAGUGCGGCCGCGCCUUCCGCCUGAGCUCGCACCUGAUCCAGCACCAGCACAUCCACGGCACGGAGUGAGCCCCCCCGUGGGGACGGGGAGCAGGCCCUGGACCCUGCAUGCCCGGGGGGCUGCGGCCCUUGUCCUACCCACGGGUGGAGGGGGAGGGAGCCAGUGCCCUGAGGUCUGGCCCAUGGGGAGCCCCCCGGGGCGUCUGCUGCCCCGCCCCCGGCCCCGCUUUCCUGGGCGGGGAAUGCGGAGUUCCCCGCAGGGGAAAGAAGUGUCCACCAAAACGAAGUUGACGUCUUUUAACACUUCUUGCUGACGUGCAAUUCACAUAGGGUGAAGUGCAUAGAGCUGAAGGCUGGGUUUUAUGAGAUUUGACAACUAUAGCCUGUUUUGACCUUGAGAACUGCCGUGAGGUCUCCAUCCCGCCUUCAAACCAAACCCCCUUAGCCUCCAAGGCAACCAGUGAUCUUUCUGUCACUCUUUCUGCUCAUUCUAGAACUUAAAUAGAAUGAUUCAACAUCUACUUUUCCGACUGACUUCUUUCCCACUGCUUAACGUUUUUGAGACUUAUCCGUCUAUCAGAAGUUGUUUGUUUUGGGUUUUGUUGCUGGUUGCUGGGGUUUUUGGUUUUUGUUUGUUUUUCUUAGUUCCAUAGCACUUUUUAAAAGGCAAGAGUCACUUUCUACUUUGUAUCAAAGCUCUGUGUUUGUAUCUGUGUGUCUUGUCAAGGUAGGAGCUCCUGUAGCCAGAAUGAUUUUUAUUUUAUUUUUUUAAAGAUUUUAUUUAUUAUUUAUUUAUGAGAGACAGAGAGAGAGGCAGAGACACAGGCAGAGGGAAAAGCAGGCCCCAUGCAGGGAGCCUGACGUUGGGACUCCAUCCCAGGUCUCCAGGAUCAGGCCCUGGGCUGAAGGUGGUACUAAACCACUGAGCCACCCAGGCUGCCCUAUUUUUUUUAAUAUUUUAUUUAUUCAUUCAUGAGAGACACACACGGAGAGAGAGAGGCAGAGACACAGGCAGAGGGAGAAGCAGGCUCCAUGCAGGGAGCCCAAUGCAGGACUCCAUCCCGGGACUCCAGGAUCAUGCCCCGGGCCAAAGGCAGGCACCAAACUGCUGAGCCACCCAAGGAUCCCCCAACCAGAAUGAUUUUUAACACAGCCCUCCAUACAGAGUAUGCCAAAGCAGAAUACCUUCCACCAAAGGGUGUUGGUGAAAUAUGUAGGGGAGUAUGUGAAAGAUGCUUACAGAGGAGACAGCGAGCUUGAGCAGAGGAGGCAAGAACACAGAUCUGCUGUGUUUUCACACCAAGUAUGUAGCUUGAAGAACUCUGCUCAGCCUCAUAAAGGCAGUACAAGAAAAGGAAGUUUAAGAUUUAAAAUUUGUCCUUUUCUUUAGAUUUUACUUAAUGUACAGUGUAGCACUGGUUUCUGAAGUAGAAUUCAGUAAUUCAAUAUUUGUACCUUCUGGCUGCCUGGGUGUCUCAGAUGGUUGAACAUCUGACCCUUGUUUUGGGCUCAGGUAUGAUCUCAGGAUCAUGAGAUCAAGGCCCGUGUUGGGCUCCAUGCUCAGCAGAGUCUGCUUGGGAUUCUUUCCCUCUCUCUGUCGCUCUGCCCCACCUGCUAGCAUGCUCUAGAAAGAGAUAAAAAAGAAAAAGAAAAGAAAGAAAAAGAUAUUUGUACUUUUAAUAAAUGUUUCCUAAGCACUUAGUUGCCCAGGCUCUCUGCCACUGUUCUGAGACAAAACCGCCAUGACACGUGCAUUCAGGGACUCUACAGGUUAGAGAGUGAAAGAGAUGAGGAAAGCCAUGUGUGUCAUGCCCAAUAAAAUGCCCAGUAACAGAAGUACCUCCAGGGAAGUAAACAUAGGAGAUGCACACAGAUGAUCAGGGCCGGGGAAAGAAAUUGGGAUGACCUUCCAGGAUUGGUGGUUCCUGAGCCACCAUUGGUGGUUCUUCAGAAUAUUUAAUCAACAGAUGGACUAAAUGUUUUGUAUGAAGCAGAGGUCAGGAUGUGCUGGGGGUGUGAAAGGGUAUGAGAAAUGUGCUCAUUCAGGGAACCUUGGAAUCUGCAGAGAAACCAGAAAGUAAAAUUUAAGUGAAUUCAUUAUUCAUAACUUAACAUUUUACAUCACAUCAUGACAGGGUCGUGGAUACAGAUAUUUGUUAUUUGCCAGGUAGGAGGGGUGAAGUGUCUUCGUUGCACAUUCUAGAACUCUGCCGUAAUGAAUUGGAUGAGGUCAUUUUGUUGAAAGUUUACUGUAACCACUAAAAUCGAUCUGAGCAGUCACCUGGCCAUGAGUCCUAGGGUCCAGCUUCAUGAUCCCAGUCUGCUGUGGUCAGGCUAUGGUUUGAUGCUACUUCAUGGUUAUUAUCUGCUCUAGCUUAACCACUGAUUGUGAGUUACUGUGGGUCCUGUAACUGGCUGGGACCUCCAAAAUAGCAGUACAAGUCUAGGUCUCUUGUGGGCAUCGAUUUCUUUUUCAGAUGUGGGCUUAGGCCCAGGGUUAUGCAGAGUUGCCCUCAGAUUGGAUUCAGUGACACCACAGACAUUGGGCUGCUGACUCUUGGGCCAAGGGUGAGGUAGAAACAGCCCAGGACUCCCACACUGAGCCAAAAUAUUCAGAUAGGCUGAAGGGUCCCAAGUUCAUGGUUCCUCUCAGAUACCAGUAGAAACCAAAGCAGUCACUCUGGAGGAGAGCUUGUGCUACUUAGACCUGCUGUAUUCCUGUUGAGAAGGUCAAGCAAUGAGCUCAGAGAGCACCCAGCACCCAGGAAGGUCUCACUGAAUGAGGGUUAACAAAAUAGCAAACAGACAUAAACCUCAGAGAACUGCAGAUAACGACAUUGCCAGUAACGUAGGCAAGAGAAUAGUUACAUAUGACGUGUGUACAGGAAUAAGACAGUCACAGCAGUGAGAAAACAAUGAGGGACUAUCAGGCAUGAACAGGCAGUUUUUAAAGAACUUUCAAAAAUGAAAAAUACAAUUACUGGACUAGAACUCAGUGGGGUGGGUUAAAUAAUGGAUUAGACACUGCUGAAGAGGGCAUUAGUGUGGGGGAAGAUCCAUCCAAGGAAAUCAAAUACCACACAGACAAGGAGAGGAAAAAUCCAGAGAGAAUGUGACAGGAUUUGUAAAACAGAAUAAGGCUCAACAUGGAGCUGAUAGGAGCCCCAGGAGGAGAGAGUGAAGGAGAGGACACAGGUGAGGCCCUGCGAUGAUGCACCCCAUGAUGAUGCAAAUCCCAACUUUAUUAGCUCCUGGCUACCACAGCCCACCCCAUCCCAUUCUCCAUCCAGGCUCAAGUUCUCAUACUGUGCAGGGUUGAGAAUGGAGCUGAAGGUGAGGUCAGGCAGCGAGACAGCAGCCAGCUCCACCUGGGGAAGAUGAGUGUUUGCAUCACAGUGUUAACUGGCCCAGUCUCCCCAUAAUCCAGAAACCAAAUCAUGAAAGGAGAGGACACUAAACUCGUUACCAGUACACUGGAAGUUGCAGCCCUCCUCCAGACCCGGAACCACCACCUUCAACAUGUGAGUCACAGAGGACAACUGCAAACAAAUAGUGCCAGUCUUCAGCUCAGAGUGCCUGGAGGGGCCUGGCAUCUGUGCAGGCUCAUUUCAUUCCUCACAAGGACAAGAUUCUGCACUUUACAGGCAGAAUUAUUCUGGGCCCCUGUUUAUAGUGUUCCUACAGGCUUUUCUUUAUUUAAUGAAAGACAUAAAUCACAGAUCUGGAAAGCAUAAUGUAUAUGAAGCAAGAAAACGAGAAAUCCACACCCAGACACAACAUGGUGAGAGCACAGACUAGAAGAGAUGUUCACGUCCGAGAGAAAGGCUUGAUCACCCACAAAGGAGCCACAGUCACACCAUCAGCAGACUUCUGUGAGCAACACAGAAGUGGCAUUUGGCUCGGCCUCUUCGAUGUGCUGGGAGGAAACACCUGCCAACCUAGAACUGCACGCCCCGCAACAUUAUUUUUCGUAAAGAAGAUGGAAACAGACAUUCAUAGAUACAUAAAAUACAAGAUCGUUUAUCAGUAAGGAACUUUCGCUGAAACAACCUCUGAAGUUUAUACUGCAAAGAGGGAAAAUGAUCGCAGGUGAUAGUCCUCGAUAGGAGACAGAAUGGGGAGCAAACAAAAUGACCAAGUGGACUCUGUCCAAACACUCCGUAUAUAAGAGCAAUGUCAGCUGAGAUACAGGACCACAGCGUCAGUGAAGGCAGGAGCAGACAGAGGCGUGAGGCUGCCAAGGGAGUGAUGUCGCACGCAGGCGGCCGUACGGAUGACGAGCCAAGGUGCAGCAGGAAGCGGGCAGUGCCUGACGACACCUGGAGUCCGGGUCCUUCACGGGAGACCGCGAGCCGCCCAGAGACGGGCCGGGAGCUGCUGUGCCUGUACUGGGGGCUCGCGGCCAGCGAGCGUCGCCUGUGCCCGCGGACUGCUGGCCACCUUCGCUCCUGCGUGGUGGGGAGCCAGCGUCCUGGGCAUCCAAGCAACGUUCUGACAUGCAAGUGAGAAAUCAAUCCAGAGGGAGGGCAUGCCGGGCAGCUCCGUUGCUGGAGCGCCUGCUUCAGCUCAGGUCAUGAUCCUGGGGUCCAGGGGUCAAGCCCACAUCAGGCUCGCUGCUCAGGAAGGCAUAUGCUUCUCCCUUUGCUCAUGCUCGCUUGCUCUCUCUUCUCGCAAAUAAACUAAGAUCUUUAAAAAGUAUUACAAAAGGGAAAAGGCAAAGAGGCCAGUGAGGAGGCAGACAGAUUACGACCAGCGAGAAUUCCAGGAAAAAACAGAAGGUGGUGGGAGUGGGAUGUCCAGGGACCUCCUGCGAUCCUCCCCAGGACUGACGACCUGUGUCGCUGCGGUGGGAGCACCUGCCGGCACCCCUGCAAGUGAGCAGCAUGGCACCGCAGGGCCGGCGGCCACGUGCAGAGGCCUAGAAGCACACUUGGGGCGACCCCUGGGGGACCUCACACCGUGCAGAUAGAAGGCAGUGGACGGAGGCUUUAAACAUUACACGUGAAUGGGGAUCCCUGGGUGGCGCAGCGGUUUAGUGCCUGCCUUUGGCCCAGGGCGCGAUCCUGGAGACCCAGGAUCAAAUCCCACGUCGGGCUCCCGGCACAUGGAGCCUGCUUCUCCCUCUGCCUAUGUCUCUGCCUCUCUCUCUCUCUCUCUCCGUGUGUGACUAUUAUAAAUAAAUAAAAA